AAUGAAUUUACGAGAAUAGGUCGCGAGUCGUAUAGAUUUUUGGUUGAUUUCCUUUUCACUUUGCUUUAAUAUUCUCUGUAAGAUCUAAUAAACUAAGGUUUAUUUGUGUUCUUGAUUAUAGUUUGAUUCAACGGAUUCGGUGCCGUAACACCGAAAACAGGAUAAGUACAGCUGAAGUGUGAACUGGCAUCUUAUUGAUUUUCUUACCUUGCAUAUGCUUUCAAGCAACGCGGAGUGGUUUUGUCGUAGUUAAAGUGAAACUCAUGGUCUGAUUGGAGUAUUUCGCUUUUGAUACUUUGAUCAUCACAUAUAGUGCCAUUUUACCUUUUUCGGUAUAAACACAGAAGUGAAAAUGAUGGCCAAUGCACUUGACACCGUAAACGCGAAUCAACCCACGCAAAAUGGUAGUAAGUUGCAGCCGUGCAAUAACGAGUCAAAGACCAAUCUUAUUGUUAACUAUUUACCACAAACAAUGACCCAGGAAGAGAUCCGGUCAUUAUUUUCGAGCGUCGGCGAAGUAGAAAGUUGCAAGCUAAUAAGAGACAAAGUGACAGUCUUCCCCGACCACAUUUUGAAUGGGCAGAGCCUCGGAUAUGCAUUUGUCAAUUACCAUAAAGCAGAGGAUGCUGAAAAGGCUGUGAAUACACUGAAUGGUUUAAGAUUGCAAAAUAAAAUUAUCAAAGUUUCAUAUGCCCGCCCUAGUUCGGAUGCCAUCAAGGGCGCCAACCUUUACGUGUCUGGUCUACCAAAGCACAUGACACAGCAGGAGUUAGAGAAGCUUUUCAGUCCAUAUGGGAGCAUCAUCAGCUCGCGAAUUCUCCAUGAAAAUGUGAAUGUUGGGCAUCUGCUGCAGGUGGGAGCAGAAGAGUCUUCUAUCCAGGGUCCAUCAAGAGGAGUGGCUUUCAUUCGUUAUGACCAGCGAUGUGAAGCAGAAGCAGCAAUCCGUGAGUUGAAUGGCACCAUACCACCUGGAGGCACUGGGCCAAUAACAGUUAAAUGUGCAAACAACCCCAGCAACCAAAACAAGGCUUUAGCUCCAUUAGCUGCAUAUUUGGCUCCAACAGCUGCCCGACGCUUCGUAGGACCUGCAGGCAAGGCUCUUUUGGCCAUCAACAAAGGUCUUCAAAGGUUUUCUCCAUUAGCCGAUCCCCUGAUCCAAGGUAAUGCGUUGGGUGGUUCCGGCUGGUGUAUCUUUGUAUACAACAUUGGAGCUGAUACCGAGGAGAGUGUGCUGUGGCAGCUUUUUGGCCCGUUUGGUGCCGUCCAAAGUGUUAAAAUUAUAAGAGAUCCCACGACCAAUAAGUGCAAAGGCUAUGGGUUUGUCACUAUGACUAAUUAUGAUGAUGCCGUGGUUGCCAUCCAAUCACUAAACGGUUACUCGCUCAAUGGCCAAGUUCUUCAGGUCAGUUUCAAAACAAACAAGAGUAAAUCUUAAACUAUUAAAAUUCUAGUCAAUAAAUUUAAUAGUUAAUAGAAAAAUGUUGAUCAUUGCCAUUGUCAUGGUUUAAAAUCUGUGAAAAUUGGAUCACUGUGUGGGAUGGUAAUCAUGGCACAUGCAGACGAAGUACAAACAAUAGAAUGGCAUCACAUUUACACUACAAUAUUAGAAAUAUAAGUUUAAUUUUCAAGACCAGUAAAUUUAUAAUUUUUUUCUAUUACCUAACUGAGAGUCUAAUGAGAAUGAUGUUGAAAAGAUGAAGGAAUCAUUUGAGAGUGAACUUUCAGAUGUAUCAUAUUAAAACCAAAGUUGCAUGGAGAAAUAUUCAAGUUUUAUGUAUGAAACUUAUUGAACACAAUAAGGUAAACUAUAGUAGUUUAUCAUCACAAUUAAUUUGCAAUUUCUUUUUCUCAUAAAAAUUUUAGAAAUUUCGUAAUUGUCCCACUAAAAGUGUCUUACUAAUAAUGACACACUUACCUGAUAUUAAAAGUUUAACAGAAUAGAACUGUUUAAAUACAUACCUAAGCAAUCUUAAUUAAGUAACUAGUUUAUUCAGCUGAUUUUCUGAAAAUAUGUGAAGUUCAGUAGUCUAAUUACAAGACGAAUAAUCAAAAUACAAUAUAAUUUCAUGGAGCUUAAUAUAAGUAGAAUCUACUUGUAUUUCUGUGUGUUUAUAUAUUUUGUUUUUAUUUAUUUACUGGUCUACACAAAUUCUGCUUUGAAUAUGCAAGUGAAGGAAAUGGUAUGAUUAAUUAUAAGCAAAAUGAUAACUAUAUUGAAAGACUUACUCACAAUCAGGCAAUAAUGACUUGUCAGUGCAAUAAAAAAUCUUUUUACUAUAAGUAAAAGUAUGUUAAAAAAUAUAUUAAUUUAAUUAAAACCAGUGCAAUUGAGACUAUCACACAGAAUAUGCAAUAAAAAUUGCAUUUAUGUAUUCAUGAAAUGUAGGUAAUUAUAGUCUACCAAAGAUGUCAAAGUAAUAUGACUGAUUAAAUACAUGCUCUUUGUUAUUUUAAACAAAGGUUAUAGAAUACUUCCAUAGCUUUACUUCAUAUAAUAUGUUCUGCAGUAUAAGGUUUAUAUGUAACAUUUUAUAUCAAUAUUCAAAAUAUCCAAUUUGGAGCUCGACUUCUGCACAAAAUCAUAUUUAAAAUCGAUUAUAUUUACUUAUAGGACGUAAUUAGUAAUUUCCUUAGAAUAUUCGUAAUAAUCUUAACAAUUGGUUAAUUGACUACAUGAAAAUAAUCUCAAUCUAAAUUAUGAAGUUAAUGGACCAUGACAUAUUUAAAUGACUUUUUGCUAUUGAUCAACAUUUUGACAAAAUUUUGUAAUUGUGAGUGCAGUAAAUGUACAUAGUGAAAGUCAAGAAAAAAACUAUCUUAUAAGUGGAGCCAGUUCUGAAAUAUGUGAAACAGUUGCAUUUUCAAAAAAAAUGCCUACAAAUUGUAUAAUCACUUCCAAUUUUUCCAAAGUUACUUUCACUCAUACAUAUAAAUUAAUAUUUGACUUUCACAUAAUGAUAUUGUCUCUCUAAUUAAUUUGUAUAAUCGUCGCUAUUUAUUAUUAUAUUUAAGUAAUUUUUCAAUUUAAUGUAAACAUAAUUUAUUAUAAUCAUAAUAGAUAUAACUUAUAGAUUUCAUUUGAUGUUAUAAUUAAUAUAUUGAACACCUAGUGUAAGUUUGAAAUUAGUUGAGUAAUUCCUUAUCCAGUAAUGCAUACACCUAUUUAAAUGAUUUGUAUCGUCCUAUUUAUUAUUAUAUAGUACAUAGUCCUGUAUUACUACAUAAAUAGUUGAAAUAUUCAUAGAUAAUCUUUAAAGCAUAUCAUUAACAAAACUUACAGAUUUCAGAAAUUCUGAAUACAGAUGGGCUUGUAUGAUGCAUUUUGAAUAAGUACUUGUUUAAUUCAUUUUAUAUUUAAGGAUAAAUGUUUGAAUUUAAGAUUAAUUAUUUAUUUGAAAGUACUUAACUAUGCGGAACUAGUCACAUAUAUUUUGCGCAAGCUUAAUCUCUUAAGUACCUAUAUGUUAAGUAUUUAAAACUGUGUUCUCUAAUUUAAACAUAGCAUAGUUUUCAGUUUAAAUUAUGUUUGUGUGGUGUUUGGUUAACUAAGUACCUAGGAUUAUACCAUAAAGCACACAAAACAACAAUAUUAAAUGGUGUGUAACGAAACUAGUCAAAAAUGUUAGCUCUGAAUAAAUACUUUAUUGAAUGGAAUGUGCUUGAUCUUUUGGACGUGUUAUAGUUAAUUUCCCGUAAAUAUGAUCUUCAACUUAGCAGGGAUAAGUGAAUGAUUAUGUUUUUCACAUUCUUUUUAUUAUUAAGCUUAGAUUGUUGUUGUAUAGCCAUGAUCAGUAAUAGUAAUAUUACUCCUUUUAACUUUCUAGUUGCUAUAUAUUUAAUUGUGAACUAUUUGAUUUUAUACCUUAUUCCAUUGAAUUAAGGACUAUUUGAUGAAUUAGGUAUCUACAAUAUUAAGCUUGGAUCCAAUAAAUUAGAAGUAGUUAGUAUAAUUAUAACAAUGACUGACAUGCUCAACAUAACUAAGCUAAAUAGCCCCUGCAACCCUUUUGGUUAAAAUGUAGGUGUAAAGUAGGUAGUUAAGAAACUAGGUACCUACUUUUUUGCAUGAACAAUUGAAUUUAUGAUGUAAAGUUUUUGCCGAGUUUGUAAUCUCAUUAGCAAAAGUAUCUAAAGUCGCGUACGAAAGAUUUGGCACUUCCAGAUAAGUUUGAUGUUGUGUCGUCCAUUUAUAAAAUGAAUACAUGUAUUUCAUUUCAAGCAAUUAUCUGUCAUUUGGAUAUUUUAAAUGGUCAUCCUUGUCAUACCUACAUUUGGUUUUGGGAAGGCUAUAUAAAGUGGAGGUUUGACAGAUAUUUUCAUUGGAACGAAGUUUAGCUAAUGUAUCUCCACCGAAGUGUACGUUUGAUGUCAUUUACACACCUGUCCCAUUUUGUUUCGUUUACAUUUUCGGACGAAAUUGCGACUCAUAGUUUUGGUGAGACCUUUUAUAAGAAUUUGGAUUAAGGAUUACAUAAUUAUUCUCUUCGCGCAAAUUUCAACUGUUUUUAGAUAAACGAAGGUAGUCUUUGUCUGCCCAAUAAUCGCAAUAUUGUGAAUUUUUUCACGGCCUUUUCAUGUUACACCUAAAUUAUGACUCGCCUUUUCGUCACAUUAUCGUUAUUUUGUGUCGAGAAACCAUUUUUGCGUUAGAAUAGUUUCAGUUUAAUUUACUAACUUUUUCUUUUGUUUAGUGUAUACUUAUUUAUCCAUUUAACUUUGGUUUAGUUUCGUUUUUUGUUUUAUUUUACAUUGGGCAGGUUUGGGUAAUGUAAGUUUGGCCUAGGACGUAGAUAGAGGUAAUUUAAGACAGAGUACAAAUUGCCGAUCGUGAAAAUAAAUGUUUGGCUUACUUACAUUUAAUUUUAAUGUCAACGAAUGUAAUCUGAUGUAGGAAAUAUUGAUAUAGACAUUAAAUAUUGAC